AGAGUCUUAAUUCCGUUGGAAUUUCUUCGGAAAUUCUUUAGAACUCCAAUGGAAUUUUAACGGAAUUACGUUGGCAGUUCCGGCGGAAUUCUGAUAGAACCUCUAGGAGGCACUUUCCGGGGAAUCUUUCCAAAUCUGAUAAUUAAGCAUCUAAAGUUUAAAAAAGUGCCGAGUUUCUGAAGAUAUAAUAAAAAAAAAAAACUAGACACCAGAGUGUCAUUUAAUAAAAUGGAGAAACUAACAAUUUCAGCUCAACAUACAUCAAAUUUUCAAUUUCUAUCUGUUUGUCACUACAUUAACAGUUUCGGUAUUUUUUUUUACAACCAAAAUUUAAUUACAUUAGACCAGCGAAAUCAAACUGUCCCUAUACUAAAUACUUAUUUUCAAUAUCUAAAUAAUUCUCAAAAUGAAAACGAGGCAAAACUUCAGCUUCUAAAAAAAGUAUUAAAAGGAAGUGAUCUCUAUGGUGGUGGUGAAAAUGAAACACUUGACAAAAAAUACGUUGAAGAAACAUAUCAGUACAUCAUUAGCACGGCUCUAUUUUCACACUAUGGAAACAUAAAUGGAUAUUUGGCAAAAAUAAUUAACACAGCGGAUGAUAUAACUUAUUCAGCGCUUAAGAAAAAUGUAUUUCAACAUUUGUCACGAAAUUAUACAACCAAAGAUUAUUGUUCACCUAAAAAUGAUAAUUACAAAAUUAGUUCGUUAGCAAUUGAAAAAAUUUUCCAAAAUAAUAUUUGGUCAAUUUUCCCUGAACCAGAAAAAGACACAAGUAUAAUGGACGUGGAUUAUAUAUACGCAAUGGUUGGUUUAAAAAUUAGUCGCUCUGUAUCAAGAGAAACAUUAAAUAUUUCGUAUCACGAUUAUAUUUUAAUUGCUCGUGAGUUAGAUUUACAGGAAAAUUACACAAAUGAAACAUAUGAAAUGAUUUUAACAUUUUACUCAACAUCGGCACUAUUUUUCUAUGCCUAUAACGAAAAGGAAAUAUUUAGAGAAAAUAAAAAUUUUCAAACUAAUGAAUUUUGGAUAAAAGCUUAUGAAACAUUAUUUUUACACAUUAAUUCUAAAAUGCAUCAAUUAACCGAAGAAAUAUUUGCCAAUAAUCUUCAUUACAAACUUGAAAAAGAAAUAUCUGAACUAAAAACUCGAACAUUCAUUGCAACAAAUAUACUUUGGAAAUAUUGUAAUUAUUCUAAUUAUGAUGAUGUUUCAAAAUUUUUUGUUGCACUGUAUAAAACGUGCCAAUGGAUUGCAAAACGAAUAUUUUAUUUUAAAUGCAAAAGAGACAAUCUUCCCAUUUUGGAAAAUGUCUAUGAAGGACAAUUUAAAAAUGUAAAAAAAAUAUACAAUCAAAUUGAAGUGAAUUUAAUUAGUAAUUUCUUAGUAGACAAUAAUUUAGUCGAAAAAAUAAAUUCAAAUGUAACUAUUAUAUCUGCAUCGGUACUUUACAAUCCUAUUAGAUUUUACAAUUGUCCGAAUAUAAAACAAAAAUUAAACAAUGAUAUAUAUGUUCUUUUUCAAAUAGAAGAAAAUAAUAAAAAAGAAUUUUAUGCAAUUAAACAGGAGAAAACUGGAAUGACUCUACUUGUAAAUAGUGGAAAUGAACAAAAUUUUUCUCAAGCUAUUACUAAUUUAACAUCGUUUCCAAUAGAUAAUGGUGAAUAUUCUACAAUUCUGAAAAAGGCUAAUGAAGAUUACAAAGUUUUUAUUAAAAGGUUUGCCGACAUAAAGACAAAAGAGUUUGUUAAAAAUCUCAUAGAGAACUAUAGAAAUGAAACUGCAGGCGAGCAUAUAAUUCAUUUUGCAAAAUCACUUAUACCAUUUUACAGUUGUAUUGAAAGUAUAAAAGAAAACGAUGAAAGAGGAGCUACGAUCAGUUGUAUGUUCGAUGUUUUGAGUCUGAUACCAAUUGCAGGUGUAACGGCAAAAUACGGAGAAAAAUUAACCGAGACCUUAGUAUCAUCACUAAGCAAAAAAUAUUUAAUUAUUCCUUCGUUUGCAAAAACUGGAGUGAAAACCCUAAUGCAAAUUUCAAAAAUAGCUGCCAGAACUGUAGCAGAAGAAAUUCUAACCAAAAGCUUCUUAAAAGACCUAUCAGUUGCAACUCUACGAACCAUAGAUCCUGGAUUUGAACUCACCUUCCAGCUUAGCAGAUUUGGUAUCCGAACUAUUUCGAAUUCAUAUCGUUUUGCUUCUAAAAUCUUUCUAAAUCCUUCUAUAAUUAAAAGUUUUCAAUCACUAGAAUCCAUUGUAAAAAGUCUGGAAAAUACAAAAUUCCCAACCUAUAAAGGACUCUUACCAAAAAUUCUACACGAAGAAAAUAAUUAUCAAGUCGUUAGAUUCUAUUAUCCCGGUGGUGAGAAUACAUUUGGACCUACAUGUCUAUCAUCAUAUGGAACAAUUGCAGAAUUAAGAACAAUUGAAGGUAAUCAAUUUCAAGUUCCCGUUGUUCCAAUAAUAGAUGACGUUAACAAAAUUUCCCCUCGACAAUUUAGUACCGAAAAUGGCAAAAUUUCCUAUCGACAAUUUAGUCCCGAGAGUGGUAAAAUUUCUACUGUUAAACUCGAAAUGACACGAAACGAUCUUCUUCGAAAAAUUAUGCCCUAUCUUAAUUUAGACACAGAUGUGAAAAUAACACGUAAUUAUCAAGUUUAUCACAAUACAAUUGAAUGGCACAAAACACCAACAAAAGAAGCAAAACCAGAGGGAAAUUUAAAUCAACAACAAAAUCCAUUGAUGGCUCUUAAUUCUGAUACAUCACUAGAAAGGGUGCCAAGUGUCAAUAUUCCUAGAACUCCAACUCAACGGGGAAAUUUACCAGUGGAGGAAAAAUUAACAAAAACUAUUGCAGAAGGAAGUUUGCCAUCUGAUAAUAUUCCUACAACUUCGAAAGUUUCUGUACAAAUUGUACCAAUUUCUAAAAAUUUAGUUGAAAUUGUAAAAGGAAAUUUGCUAACUAAUGAUAUUGUUCGAGAAUUUAAGCCUGUUAUUAAUCCAAUUGCAGAUAGAAAAAGAGGUUAUAAUAACAUAUUAUCAAGUCAUCAAAAUCCAAUUGAUAAGACACCAAUGAAAAAGAUAAAACCUGAAAAUUUGCCUGCAGUAUCAGAUUCUUCUAUUAUUUUACGAGGAAGCAAACCGAUUGAUAAUAUUCCUGAAACAUUAAAAAUUUCCCAAAAAUUCUUUAAUCAAAAUAAUUUCCACAAUACCCUUGCUACAUUAUUAAUGAAGUUUAAACACGAGGGAUUAUUUGCCUUAAGCAAACAAAGAGGAUUAAUGAUAGAUCUUCGAAAGAGUGUCGAAAUCAUAUCACGUGCUCAAAUAAUUAAAGAUUUUUAUAAACAACCAAUUGAAAUAUGGUUUAGUCCAACAUUUACAAGUCAAUCUGCUAUUAAUACUUUAAAAAAUUUAAAAGGAAAAAAUUUUUAUUUCAAUGAUAUUACCUAUUUAACAACAGAUAAUUCUUUAACGAAAACAUCAAAAAUUUCUCUAAACACAGAAGUUCGUUAUCACAUGACAUUUAAUUCUUACAAUGGACUUGUUGAUCUAGCUGAAUUUGAUAUUCAAUUUAAAAAUCAAUAUAUUGUAUUUCCAGAAGUUAAUUUUUAUGUAGCUGAUGUUAAAUAUUUUAGUGAAGAUGGUAUUUUACAAUUGGAUUUAAUACAAAGGCCAAUUGCAAAAAAAAAUUGGAUAAAAUUAAGAGAAAGAAAAUCAAUGUUACUUGGCAAUGAAGAAAUAAUACAAAAUGAAAGAAGUAAAAGUAUUGAGAAUGCUGCUUAUUUUCUAUCAAUAAAUAUACCUCUACAUCGAUUUAGUGAUUCGAAAAGAAUAUUAAAACAAUAUAUUUUAAAUAAUGGUGUGAUUAAAAAUUCAGUACCAACUUAUGAUAAAUUAGCAUAUGAUAUUUAUGCAGGUCGUAAACUUUCUCAAGAAUAUGAAAAUUAUAAAAUAAUAAAUAACAUUUUCAUUGAUGAUGUACUUUUUCAAAAAUCAUUAUAUCAAGAAAAAAAUUUAGAAUCUGCAAAACAAACAAUUAAUAAAUUAUAUGGUACUAUGAAUAUACAAAAUGUUGAAUCAUUAUUUGAAAUUUAUCAAAAAACAUCGGCAAUUCAUCAAAAUUUAUUAUUUAAAGAUUAUUAUGGUAUUAAUUUAUAUAUUAAUGAUUUUUCAAAAAUAUCCGAUAUACAUGUACAUAGACGACUUCUUGCUUCAUUAUAUAGAUUGGCAUUAAGACAAUGUGAAGAGAAAAUGAUAAGUAAUUCAAUAACUCUCUAUUCGGCAAUAAAUAUUCCCAUUGAUAUAUUUAGAAGACUUUUAACAUUAAAAGAAGGUAGUGUCAUUAAAUUGGCACGAAUGACGCCAUGUUAUACAAAUGAAAAACAUUUAAUUAAAAAUUGGCCAAAAGCUAAAUCAGACGAAAGAUUAUUAUUGUAUCAAUUUGAAAUGAAUAAUCAAGCUGGAAUAAUUGACGUUAAUAAUAUUCUUUCAAAUUCAAUUCAAUAUGUUAUUCCUAGUGAAAUAGAAUUUAAAAAAGGUAUUUUAAUUAUGAAAACAAUUGAAGAUAAAGAAGUUAAUCUUAUGAAACUUCACGAUGAUGAAGAAACAUCAAUAGAGGCACGUAUGGUGAAAUUAAUUAAUUCAAUGAAUAAAUUGUUAUCAACUGAAACUGAAUUUUACAUUAAUAACAAUAAAAUUAUUCAAUAAUUUAUUUUUUAAUAUUUCUACUUAAAUUGUAGGUAUAUUUAUUAUUUCUUUCAAAAAAGAACAAUUUUAAUAUGUUAGAAAAAUAUUUUUUUUUAAAAAUAUAGUGAUAAAAUGUAUAAUAAUUUUAAGAAUAAUAAAUUAUUGUCAUUCUGUUAAUGAAAUAUAAUAAAAUCCUUUAUAACAUUAGAACCGAAUCGUCAAUUAUCUUAAAAUUAGAGAAAAAAAUUAUGUUAAGCAUCACUUUUUUUCUAAUUUAAUUUUAAAAUUUUACUGAAAAAUCUAUUCAAAAAUUUUAGAGAUUAAUAAUAAAA